CAUGUACAUACUUAUUUGUACAUAAUCCUUUUACUUGUAUCACCAGCCAAACAAGUACCAAAACCAGUUUAACACACACAAACCAGAUUUCUUAACCGUUUCGAACACAGCGCCCACUUGUUGCCGCGGUGCUGCCAUGGUCGCCAAAGUCAGUUCCACGCCAGCUACCUGUGUCUUCAGGUGUUAUAAUCGUCGUGCGCGCUUACCUCAAAUAUUUAAUACGAGCUUCGCGCUAGCCCCACCAGCUUAACUAUGUGUACACAAAACGAACUGUAAAAAUAAUAAAGAAAAAGCAAUCUGGCAUUCUGCAACAGCUCGUGGGAUUAUUAAUCAACUAAAACACCUUCUAAAUAUUGUGGUUUUCUCUGCAAAUGAAGGUCUUAUAUAAAGCUCUGCAAUGAUGUGCUCAUUUUUGUGAAAUAAAUUAUAAUUCAAGAAGUUGAAAAGCUAAAAUGAUUUCACACAAAGCGACCACACCUCUGAGACCUGGCUUUUUGGGACUUCUUCUGCUGCUAUGUAGCUGUCAAUAUACAGUCUGUGUUUUGGGUAAAUCCCAAAUGUGCGAGGUGGAAACGGGCCAAACUAACAUAAUACUGGAUAUAGAAGAGAGUCGAGGGAAUUUCACUGGGCAAAGUACAAUACCUGCACAGCUGCCUAUUUUCGGUGAUCCAUACACGGAAAUUGCGCUCGAUCUAGUCUUUCCAAAGGGACAUCCGACUUUCCUACUAGAGGGAAAGAGCCUGAAGCUGAUUCAGCCACUUGAUCGCGAUGAGGAGAAUCUUAGUCACAUUGUGUUCCAGGUCUCCUGCACCAUCCGCGAGUCAAAUAAGAAGCGUAAUAUUCCGAUCAUUGUAAGGGUAUCCGAUGUCAACGACAAUGCACCACAUUUUAUGAACACACCCUAUGAAAUCACUGUACCAGAGAGCACACCCUUAGGAACGACUGUGUAUCGGAAUAUACAGGCGCUCGAUAAAGAUGCUGGCGUAAAUGGUCUAGUCGAGUAUUUUAUAGUUAAGGGCAAUAUCAACACGACCGAAGAUGAUAAGUUGACUAGCGCCGAUGGUUUCGGAACUUUCGCAAUAUCAUUUCCCCACCAAGGACAGGUGACAGUGGCCAAGACGUUGGAUUACGAAAAGAUACAACGAUUUUAUUUGACCAUUGUAGCAUCGGAUCGUGCGCGAAAUGUUGCGGAGCGACUAUCUUCGACCACAACUCUGACCGUAAACAUAGCCGAUUCUGAUGAUAUGGACCCGUCUUUUAUCUACCGUGGCUGCGUGCUACUGGAUGGUGCUUGUAUUAAUCCUGAGUACACUGCGUCCGUACCUGCAGGCUCGGUACAAGGUGUGCUUAAUGUUCUACCUGAACGAAUACAGGCCGUGGAUCUGGACACAAUAAGUUCGCGAAUACGUUAUAGUUUUGCCAGUGGUAUUCCCGGCAACUACGCGGACUACUUCGAAAUUGAUGAGGAAACGGGUGUUUUAAAGCAGAUUAAAGCUGUUGAUACUUCGACAGCCAAAAGAUAUGAUAUUAUAGUGCGAGCCGAAGAGAUCUCACCGGCUCCACGUCGCUUCACGACGGCUAAGCUGACCAUUGCUGUGAAGCCAGUGGAUGCAAAUCCACCGGUUAUAUCGUCCACAGAUAUUGUGGGAUAUGUUGAUGAGAAUUCAGCAAUCGGCACGAAAGUUGUGGAUGCGAAUGGAAUACCAAUCUCAUUAAGAACAACAGACGAUGAUUUGGGUGAGGACGAUCCAAAGCCCGACUAUAUAUAUGAAUUGACGACGCCGUCAUUUAAUGUGACGAGCAAUGGAGUUCUGAUUGUCAACGAAGAAGGCUUAGACCGUGAUCCACCUGCGCCAGGACGCUACAAGUUUCAGGUUGUUGCACGGGAGCCCCGAACAAACGCGGCCAGUGCCCCACUGAGCCUAACCGUACAUUUACGUGAUGUUAACGAUAACGCUCCAAAAUUGGCGAUGGUUGCUCCCAUUUCCAUUUCAGCCGGCGAUCAGCACGAGCAGCGCUUGGUGACACAAAUGAUGGCAACGGACAUUGAUGAGGGUGCUAAUGCCGUGGUCGCCUAUUCUAUAUACCAUGUCUCCAAUAAUGGUAUGCAAAAAUUCCAUAUCAACGAACAAACCGGAGAGAUUCAAACUCAAGGGCGCUUGCUCGCCGGAGAGCAAUACAGCAUAACGGUCCAAGCAACUGACAUUGGUGGGCUCUCCUCCCAGGCAAUUGUUGAGGUGACCGUAACACCGGGCCCGAAUACAAAACCGCCUCGUUUCACACACAUGCUGUACGAAGUGCAGGUUAGUGAGGGUGCCGAAAUUAAUUCAACGGUCACAGUCGUACAUGCCGAUGACCCGGAAAACGAUCCAGUUGUCUACUCAAUCAUAUCCGGUAACGAUCUUAGGCAAUUCUCUGUUGGCCAGCAAAGUGGUGUUAUUAUGGUUAUACGGAAACUAGAUCGCGAGAGCCUCACACGUUAUCAGCUAAUUGUGAAGGCGGAAGACAACGGUGGACUGUCCAGCAGUGCCACAGUAAACAUUAAGGUUACCGAUAUCAACGAUAAAAAUCCCGAGUUUGAUGAGCUUACCCAGCCCUAUGUGUUCCAUGUGGAUGAGGGCUUGGAAUAUGCUUUUGUGGGCAUUGUGCAUGCCACAGAUGCGGAUGAGGGUGUCAAUGCUGAGAUAACAUACUCAAUACCCACGGAUAUACCAUUCUCCAUCAAUAAUAAAUCUGGCGAGAUACGCACCUCCGAUAAGCUAGACUUCGAGCGCCUCAAUGAAUACAAAUUUGUGGUGACAGCCAAGGAUGGAGCACCCGAUGCUCGUCUGGGUACGGCAAGUGUGACAGUUGUUGUUCACGAUCUGCCCGAUGAGGUGCCAAAGUUCAAUGAUGCCAGCAUCAGUGUGCGGAUUCCCGAAAACAUGCCCAACUUUCUGGUGGCCACAGUACAAGCCCAUGAUCCGGACUCCAUACCAGAAAUCACAUAUGUGCUGCGAAAAGGCGAUGCCGAGCUGUUUAAAGUCGCCCCUGACACGGGCGAAAUUCGAACAACAAAGGGCUUGGACUACGAAACGCAGCAACAACAUCAGUUGAUCAUCGGAACCAUUGAAAAUGACGGAGAUGCACUGGGCGACACUGUGCGCAUCGUGGUCGAGGUCGAGGACCGCAAUGAUGUGCGCCCUGUGUUCAUAUCAGUACCGGGUCCGGUGACUGUCAACGAUGACCAGCCCAUUGGAUCAGUCAUAGCGACCAUGCCCGCAAUUGAUGGCGAUGGAACGCCACCGGGCAAUGUGAUUCGGUAUGAGCUAGUAGGGCGUGGCAAGGCGUUGAAAUAUUUUCAAGUUGAUCCCGAUACAGGAGCGGUGCGUAUUCGCGAUGAACUGCGCAAGCAAGAGGAUACCGAGUACCAGGUGGACAUUCGAGCCUAUGAUAUGGGGGAACCGCAGCUUAGUUCAGUCGCCAUGCUGCCAGUGUUUGUCCGCCACCUGUUGGUUGAUUCCGACGAAGAGAACCUAAUGGAACAUCAGAUGAACAGUGAAAAAGGCCCAAAUACAAGCUCGGAAACAGUCGGACUCGCUUUUGGUGAUGACAGCUACGUCCUCAGUGUGCCUGAGUCCACGGCCGUGAAUAGCACGUUGAAGCUAAUUCAAAUCAUGAACUCCAAGAAACCAUCGAAGGGAGCACCAAACUUUAAGUGCGAAUUUGUUCGGGGGAAUGAGCAGGGCGUCUUUGAGCUGAGCUUCGAAGAUUAUGGUUGCCUGCUGAUACUUGCCAAGCCCUUGGAUUUUGAAAAUAAAAUAUCGUAUACACUAGAGCUACAACUGGUCUCACAGAGGUAUUUUGUAAGUCCACGUAAGGACCGCACCACCGUCAAUAUCAUGGUGCAAGAUGAGAACGAUAAUCCACCAGAAUUCAUAUUUAAUCGACUCCACGGCCAGAAUGAGACCUAUUAUGCGGUUGUCACACCCGAAAUGGACGUUGACACAACCAUAUUGCAAGUACGCGCCAUCGAUCGGGAUUCGGGUAAAUUUGGUUUACUGAGAUACAAGCUCUAUGAUGAAGAGGAUUUCCGCAACGAAAAUCUACCUUCUACAUACUUUAUGUUAGCUGAGGAUACGGGUACUUUGCGCACCGCAAGACCUUUCAAUGAUGCUAAAUUCCCCAUGAUAUUAUACGUGGAGGCCAGUGAUAAUGAUGCCCAGGAGCAGGGCUCGCAUCACACAAGAGCCCGCAUCGUAGUCAAUCAGUUGACAGAUGUAAACCGUUUGGCACUAGCCUUCUCUAAUGCCGCACCCAAUAAGAUUCGGAACCAUUACACGGCAUUGGAAGAGCUGCUUGAGGUGAGGACCAAUGGCUUAGUCAGCGGUAUUGAACGUAUUAGCAAUCGGAAAUACGCAACGAGCAACGGCACGGUUGUGGAGAAUCCCGAGGCAACCGAUGUCUGGUUUUAUCUAAUCGAUCCAAAAUCGGAGAAGCUAUUAGGCCGUAACGAUAGCAUCAUCCAAGAGACGUUGCUGGAAUCAUCAGUGAGCUCGGAACUUAACUUGGCGGCAUCGAAUCUAGCGCAAGCCAAUGCCGAUGGCAUCCAUGCACCAAUUCAGAUAAAAGAGCAAGUGCACAAGAUCAAAGCAGCAAUUGCCAUCGAUGAUGAAGUAUUUUCUUUCACGCUUAUAUCCAUAUCGAUUAUUAUCCUAAUUUUGGGUACAGCCGGCAUAAUAUACAUAUGCAUAUCAUGGUCCAAAUAUAAGAACUUCAAGCAGCGCAUUCGGCAUUACUCGGCACCAAGUCCGACACGCUACGAUCCCGUGAUCGUCAACUCGCAAGCCGCAAAUUCUGGCGAUGCUGUGGCCAACAUGAAGGAGUAUGAAACCCAAAUGCUGGCCAUGGCUGUGCCACCGGAUGGUGACGAGGACUUACAACUGGAUUUUAGCGCAAAGAACCAUGCAUUUUCUCUAGACAAUGUCAGCUACAUAACACACAAGCAAAAUAGCGGAGGCGGUGCCGGAAGAGAAAUGCAGUCGAGUCCCGCGCAUUUGGAUGCGAGCACGGGCACAAUUUCCACCAUUCGCCAUAAUAAUCUCAAUAACAUAGCCAAUAAUAUGAACAACAAUAACAACAACAACAACAAUUUAACACUGAACAAUCGUCAGAAUACAUUUAAUCGCACACUAGAAAUGAAUUCCCGCAACAAUGCCAAUCCCCUGGGCAUCCCCGGAAAUGGCAACCCAGCCACCCUAACCUUGGGGCGUAUUAAGCACCAUAAUAGCAAUCAAUAUCAGAAUGAUGGCUUUAAAUAUGACACUUCAAGCCGGAAUAAUUUGGCCAAUGCCAAUGCCCAGAACAAUGGCUACAGUACGAUGGGUAGACGCGGCAAUACCUUUGGCGGAAUGGCCUCAUUGAACGGGGGCAACGAGUUCAUGACCAACACUCUGGGUCGGAAUAACCAGCAAAAUAAUCGUUUAUACGCUGGCGAAUUGCCCAUAGCCAAUCCGUUGUUUCAAAGAUCGAACGGCGAUGUGAGUCAAAAUCAUAUGAGUUUCACCAAUGAAAAUGUGAUUUUUGGUAAGCGAGACUACGGACAAAUGAGCUUCUCAUAUUUAAACGACUUGGAUCGGUCCGAGGUGGAGACAACAACUGAGCUAUGAAUAGUAAACUAACUGCAAAUUAGUGUCAAAUUGGGUGUAUUUAUUAAUGUUGUAUUUAUGUACAUAAGUAUGUCAUUUGCGUUAAAUGAAUUUAAGUAGCUGUAUAUUCUCAAACAUGUUAUAGAUAAUUAAACUGAAUGAGCUGUUGCCAUCAUA